CGCUAUCGCCUCGCCUCUCUCUCUCUGCGGUUGCGUACGCCCGCUUGUACGGUCACCAUUACCGGCGGUGAUCUGAUCCCGCGCCCGCUCCAUUCAUCGCACCGCCUCCAUUCUUCUUCCGCUAGUCGAAACCCUUCGGAGCGGAGAUGGCCAGUUUCCAUCUCGCCAGAUCGGGCUUCUCGCUGGCGCUCCGUCUCCGGCUGUCCGGCCCGCCGCCCCGUCGGCCCUCCGCCCUCUCCCUCCGCUGCCGCCUCCGGGAGGACGGCGGCGAGUCCAACGGGGACGAGCGGCCGGAGUCGUUGUUCAUGAAGGAGCUGAAGCGAAGGGGGAUAAACCCGACAUCGCUAUUGGAGGAGGGUGAUGGUGGUGGGUCGAUCGGAUCGAUGGAAUCGGAGGAAGAGAGCAGAGGCGGUAGGGAUGAGAGGAUAGGGCGGACAAAGAGGAACGGUGUGGCCUCGGCGGAGCUCGACACGGCGGUAUCGAACCAGAGGGAGCGGUCCAUGUUGUUGAAUAGCGAGGGCCUCGAGGGAUUAAUUCCAAGGGCCAAACUGCUUCUGACAAUUGGUGGAACAUUCUUUCUAGGAUUUUGGCCUCUGAUCCUGAUUACAUUGGGGCUUUUUCUGGCUCUGUACAUUUAUCUUGGUCCAAGCUUCGUGCAUGAUGCCAGCAAGGUGCCAGUGUUGCCGCCACCAUACAUAGAUCCAUACACACUCCUGGAAGAUGAAAGACUCUCUCAGGUGACUCCACAUGUGAACUGAAUUGCAUUGACAUUUUGUAAUCGCAUUCCAAGAUGUCAAAAUAUAUCCAAUAUAUGAUGUGACACAUAUAAAUGGUGGACCUCAAUUUGCUAAGAUGGAUGAUCAUUAGACAAUUGUUGAUAUGUUGUAUAUGAUAUGCCCUAUCAUUCCAAAUA